CCCCAAUUUAAGUGUAGUGCAAAACCCUAAUUCAGCCAAAUCACAAGCGUUUUAAGUAAAUGGAUCGAGAAUCACUAGAGAAACGACCUGCGAUCUUCGUAGUCGGAUCCCCCAACGUUGGCAAACGGACACUGCUCUCAAGACUACUUAAGGUGGAUUUUGAUGAUGACGCAGAUACAUCACUUGAGUUAUCCGUCAAUGGGUGGACGAUCAACACAAAGUAUUACACAGCAGAUGUUGCAGUAUGGAUAGCUAAUCUUUCUGAUGAGUUAUCUAUUACAAGCUUUCCUGACGUGAAUCGAAUAGUUGCCUUGGUUAUGGUCUUUGACACUAGUGAUCUCACGACACUAGUUGCUCUAAAAGAAUGGGUUUCACGCACUGACAUCCAGAAGUUUGAAAUAUUGCUGUGCAUUGGUAACAAGGUGGAUCUUCUUCCUGGACAUCCAUCACAUGUAGAGUACAAGAGACACUUGAUGAAGCUUGGUGAAUCCUCUGUCAAUUCUCAUCUGGACUUCUCUGAUUAUGGUAUAUCUGAGACUGAAGGAAGUAGUUUAUUGGGAAAUGAAGAGCCAUCCUUAGGAUUUAAGAUAUCUUGCAUAGAGUGGUGUCUGGAACACAAUAUUGAAUAUGUUGAAGCUUGUGCAUCGAAUGCUGAUUUUGAUCAAUGUCUCUCUAUUGAUGGUGAUUCACAGGGUGUUGAUAGACUUUAUGGUGCUCUCUCUGCUCAUAUGUGGCCUGGAAUGUUGUUGAAAUCUGGUGACAGGAUAAACGAGCCUUCAUUGCCUGAGCAAGAAGAGUUGUCCGAAGAAGAAGAAUCUGAUUAUGAACCUGAAUAUGAAGUAUUAUCUUCUGCUUCAGCAGAACCAUGGGAUGAUAUAGGAUGGAUGUCUGCAGAUGGUCCCGUUUCUACCUCAGGAAGUGCGAUGCCUAUGGAAAAGGUCCCUGAUGCUUCAGGUAGAGAAAGUGAAGAUAAAUCCAUCAGAGAAGAGAACCAGCCGUCAACAUCAGCCUCUCAGUUGCCCAAGGACCUUGACCAUGAGAAGGCAUUUGAAGCAGACCCAACAUCAGAGCUUAAUGAUGAUAAAACUUAUGAGUUUGAAGAUUUGGAAAUGCUAAUGGCUGAAAUUGGUAACGUGCGCAAUGGCUUGAGGCUGAUGCCUGAUUUCCAGAGGAGGGAGAUGGCUGCAAAGCUGGCAAUGAAAAUGGCUGUGAUGUUUGGAGACAGUAGUGGUGGUGAGGAGGAGGAGUUGGAGUAAAAGGAAACUAGCAAUAGUAUCAACUGAAAUUCACCUGCACUAAGGGCGGUCUCUUUGCUGUAAUAUGUAAGUGCCCUGUCUGCUGGACAACGGAGAAUCACAAGUGAAGUUCAGAGGUUAGUUCUCAAGGGAGACUACAGUAUUAUAUUGGUUUUUUGAACAUUCUGUCGAACUUUUUAACAUGGAACAAUACUUAGACAGGGAUUGAUAUUUACUAUUCUUGGAAGAAUUGUGAGUGAAUCCAAGUACAAUAGGUUUAUGUGUUUAGGUUGAAUUAAGAAAACUCGAUGAAACAGAUUUGGCAUGUUAUAGUGGUGAAGCAAUGGAUGAUUUCGGUUAUUGUUAAUAGGCAUCGUAUUAUGCUGUUUGGCUUAAUUAUGCGAAAAUGGUUGGUAACGA